UCCAUCCACACGGCACACAGAGAGACAGAGAGACCUGACUGGUGAAUGAGGGAGUGUGGAGGUGAGGUGGCUCAAACAGGCCCCGCUCAAACAACCACGAUCGUUGCUCUUGUGUGUUCAGCCUGUGCUGGCCGCGCGACCAGCCAGCCGCGCGUCCUCGAUUUCGUUCGCGUCCUAGUCGCGUCGUGUUGUUGAAACAAACGAACCGUCGCGGAUCCAGCUUUAGUGAUCGUUGUUACUCGAGUACCGGCGCCUAACGCAGUGAUCGAGAAUUCAGCUUUGUUCGGUGCACCCACGCGAUUCCCUUCUUCGAACGGAUCGCGUCGUUGGAUUGUGAGACAGCAGGGAUUCAGUGCGCGUCUGUGUAUCCAGGAACGAGUUACGAACGACUCUAGUUUUGCUUGAUAAAAGGAAAAGUGAAGUUUGAACGGUGUGAAUUCUUCCACGAGGUACUCUGUCUGUGGCGGACAAGUGUGAAGAAGGUGAUACGAUUCCCGACUACUGGGAUAAGAUUAAGGGAGCAUCGCAUUACCAGCAGCCCUGGUACCGCGGCUUUCAUGAUUCCCGUUUGACGAGCAGACAGCAGCCCGCCACCCCGGCACCGGUGAGCUCUAUGACCAUGCUUCAGUCGCAGAAGCUGUACGGCGACGCUGGUAGCCUAGGCGGCGCGAUGACCAGCGCUACGAUGUCAACGAUGGGCAGCAUGGCGCCGACGUACAGCUCGAUCAACACGAUGGGCUGCGUGUCGAUGGGCAUGUCGAUGGGCGUUGGAGUCGGGCCGAGUUGCAGUCCCCAAAGCGCCGGGGGUUUCAACAUGAGCACCAUGAGCUCAGCUAUGGGGAUGGCAUCGAUGGGCGGCGGUGGCAUGGGUGGUUACGGGAGCGCCUCGAUGGGCGGCAGCGGUGCCUGCAUGAGCGCCGUCGGCUAUGGUCCUCUGACGCCAGCCGGCGGCGCCGGUGUAACACGGGAUCCUCUAUCGUUAACCGAGCCCGAUUCGCCUAAUUCCGCGCUCCAACGAGCCAGAACUGACAAACCUUACCGUAGAAGUUACACCCACGCGAAACCGCCCUAUUCCUACAUAAGCCUGAUCACUAUGGCCAUUCAGAACGCGCCUACCAAGAUGCUGACGUUGUCCGAGAUCUACCAGUUCAUCAUGGACCUAUUUCCCUUUUACCGACAGAAUCAGCAACGCUGGCAAAAUUCCAUCAGGCACUCGCUCAGUUUUAACGAUUGCUUCGUCAAAGUUCCACGGACACCGGACAAGCCUGGAAAAGGCUCCUUCUGGACGCUCCACCCGGAGAGCGGCAACAUGUUCGAGAACGGCUGCUAUCUGCGUCGGCAAAAGAGGUUCAAAGACGAGAAAAAGGAGCUGACCAGGCAAAGCAACAAGCACCAGCAACAUCAGCAGCAUCACGGCGGAGCUGCUGCAGCUGCGGCAGCGGCCGCGGCCGCCGCCGCUGGACACAACAGUCCCAACUCGCACGACCUGGCUCAUACAGGUAAGAAAACUCCGUCGUCGUUGCACCACGGACCGCAGCAACAGGACGACAAGGAUCUCCAUUCUCUGGUGUCCUCGCACCAUCAUCAUCACGCGGCCAGUUUGCACCAGCAUCACGCCGGUCUGAAAAGCGACACCACGGAUAUAGGCGGGUUAUUGGGUCCCGACUUGGGCGCAGCCCACGACGAACUCACCGCCAUGGUCAGUCGAAGUCUUCAUCCUCAUCUAAUCUCCGACCCGGCCGCUCUGCAUCACGGAAUGACAGGAAGUCUGAAGCAAGAGCCUCCUUACACCGCUGCCAGCCAUCCGUUCAGCAUCACCAGGCUACUACCAGGUGCCACGGCGGGCACUUCGCCCGGCGCGCAAGACACGAAACCCCCCGAGAUGAAGAUGUACGAACAAUUGCAUCAGAGUUACGCGAACUUCGGUUCACCCCAUCAUCCCCACGCGCAUUCCGCGCCACCCAGCCAUCACCAUCACAACGGCAUGCACGCGGGCUCGAACGCCGCCGGGCCUAUGCACAACAUGACCAACCAUCAUCACCAGGAGUAUUACCAGAGCCCGCUGUACCAUCACGCGACCAGCGUGGCCAGCAGCAGUGCGCCACCUCCGCCCUCCGUCGCGACGGCUGCACCAGGAUUGUGACACCACGCCACGCACCCCUACGCCCUGGCCUGAGUCGCUGCUGUCGCGGCAUACGCCGCCACUGCAGCGGUCACCAACCACGAGACCACGGCCAACAUCGUUCUUCCUUCGCAUCAUCAUCAACAUCAACAUCAUCAUCCGCCGACCACAUCGGCCAAUUCCUCCUCUUCCUCUUCGUCGUCCGCGUCGUCGGCGAUGCCGGCUCAGCCCGCCCCCGUCUCUCUGACCCCGUUGCGGCCAUCCUCGAGCCAUCAGCGACGCAGACGACGGCUCUGCGAGGACAACGAGGCCGACGCCUGCUGGCCGGUCGACCACGAAGAGGACUACGACGACGAGGAAGAGGAGGACGACGAGGAGGAUGUCGUGUGAGCUGCCGUAGGAAGAUCGGCGCCGAGGUACGAACACGCGGUUGGACAGUUGCCAGUGUCGAAUCGUUUCUUUAUUGGGGAAGAUUUUUGUGAUGAGGGUGCGGGUGUAUCGGGGUGUCUCGACGGAGAUUCGACGUCCUCGAGCGACGGACGAGCCGGUAGCUGCGAAUUUUUUAGAACUUUUUAUUUGUUGCUUCGUAGCAGUAUUUGUACAGUUUGAUCCUUCUAUUGUUGUUGAGUAAGUGGACACGAGGUUUUCUUUUUCGAAAUCCCUUUGGACGAUGCGUUUCGAGGAUUCCGUCGACGCGGAUUAUUGCGUCGUUUCAUAUUCUCUACGAUGUCGAUCGCGGGUUUCAGAUUAUUUCUGAAACGUUUCCUGGCUUUCUAGCAAAACGGGGGAAACUACAGCUUUCUACAAUUAACACUAAACGUGUUAAUGCUGCUUCUCACAUUCAUAAAUGCCACUUUUAAAUCAAUUUAGAGUCUCGAUAUAUUUUAGCAGAUGGCGAUGAACAACAUUCACGUGAAAAUAUUCCAAUUAUCUCGCUUUUCUUUAAAUUGCAAGUACGUAGAGUUUGGAAAGAUUUUUUUUUUAUUUUUUAAGUCCGGUGACGUUGGCGUUACUUCGAAGGGCGCGAUCGACAUCGCUCUGACGCCGAUCCGUCUGCGAUCGUUUCGAUCUACCUAUACGUGCCCGAAAAAAAAAAAAAUCAAUCGAGACAUCGAUCAAGCGCCACUCGAAUAGCGUGACUCAUUAUUACGAGUCAACAUAUACGUACACGAUCCAUAGAUUGAGAUCUACGGAGAAACGAAAGGAAGAAAGUCGCGGUUUACGUCGCGACUCGUCCGACGCUUCACGCGCGAUUAUUUCCGCUUUCGCGAUCCCUCGAGACGUCCUCGAUUACGCAUAAGGUUUUCUGUGAUACGCGACAACGACGCACCAGGCGAUUCUCCGUUGCGUGGCACACCUCGCAGGUCAGUCCUUCCGGUUCAUUUUUCUUUUUUUUUUUAAGAAAUAUCGAGCAUUGUUCGUCGGCAAAAUAAUUUCAAACUGAAGAAGCUCUUUAAACCUUGGGACUGGGAUCAGAAUAUUAAUUGUUCUUUAUUUUUUUACAUAUAUUUUUAGGGGUGGUUUCAUUAGGGUGUAUAAAUAUUCACGAGGGCAAAGGAAAAUUUAUGAACUUUUUGAAUAAAAUAAUUUCUCUUAUGCAAAAACAUAUUUUGAACACAGUCAAAUUAUUUUUUUAUUCUCUUUCUUAAAAGACGUUCGUUUGAAAAGGAAUCUUCUUUUUAUUAUACUCGAAAUUUUCGAAUCUCUGUUGACGCGAUAUUUUUCAAGAUUUAUCAAAAUCUCAUCUUAUGUAUCUUAUUUUUCUCCUCAAUCAUCAACUUUUCAUUUUCAUAACUCUGAGACUGAACUCGUAGCUUCCUUUUCUUACGUAUUCACCUCGAUUUCGUCUUAUUUUUUUGUUCUUCCUUUAAUUUAUUAUGCUGCUCGUCAAGAUAAGCAAAAGACUGAUCGCUAUCGUUCACGUUUCAAUGAUGCAAUCAUUCGGAGCAAGAUGUUUGAAAAGCGAUCAAAUUUUACGACUAUAAAAUACACACGGCGUGAUUGCAAAUAUUCCACAAAAGGGAAAAUAUUUUUCAUCUCGAAUUGAUUACCAGAACAUUCGUACCGAACUUUAUGAACAUUUCACUAAUUCCUGGAAGUUCUUAUAAUAUUUUUUUAUAGAUUACAGUUAGUGGGAAUAAAGGAUAGGAUCAAUGAUCGCUAAAUGAUCGAUUAUCAAAUCAUAGACUGAUAUUAAAUUAUCUGUUCCUAAUAAUGACUCAGUGAAACGUAUGCGUAAUUAGGUGAAACAUAUAUUUUUGACUGUGAAUUCAAAAUUAAGUGAAAAAAAAAAAUUGCAAGCAGGAUGAAAAAUCAUUUUUAUCAUUGUCACUGUAAUUAAUUUGUAGCCGCGUCUAAUUAGGCUUUGAUUAAUUACACAGACCUGCUUGCAAUUUUCUAUCUUCCUUUGCCUCUAAUAAACCUUUCCAAAUUUUAUCGUUUCUGAAAUCGAAAAAUCUCGGAGACUCUGUUCGAGUUUUCUGAUCCCUUGCCGCCCAAAGUUGAUCGAGCAAAAAGGACGAAAACGAAGGAAGGAGAGGCCUGUUCGCGAUGGCUGGCUCGAACCCGCGAGAGCGUCGGCGUAGAGCGAAAAAUGUGAUAACCCGUGAGAAUAAGUCUAAAUUAAUGAACGUAGGCUUGCAAAGACGCCUGUAUCCUCGCGUGGAGGUGCGCGUUCGUACGUACGUUAUUAUUCGAGCCCACAUAAACACAUACACUCACACAUAUACACAAAGGAUACGAAAAAAAAAUGAAGAAGAAGAAGAAGAAUUAAAUCGUUAAGGAUUUUAUCGAAUGCGUCGAAAAAGCAGGACACGUCCAGUGUUUUUUUUUUGUAUGAUACGUGUAGAUAGCCGCACAACGUGUAUGAUGUACAAUAUUAUAUAUGUUACAGAGAGCUAUAUAUAUAUAAAUAUAAAUAUAUAAAUAUAUAAAUAAAUGGAGUCUAACGAAUACACUAUGUUAGGUAUAUACAUAUUAUAUAUAUAUAUCUGCGAAAAAUGAACGAAUGGAGAAAUGAAUGACGAAUGUGUGCGAGAGAGAAUUGUACAGCGUGUUUCAAAAGCAUCCCCCUGAUUGUUGGACACCCUCGACGACGACCCAGUCGCCGUAAUAUCCUCGACUUCUAUCCCUCCUGGUCGACUGUCAGAGGGUUGCUUUUGAUACACGCCCCACCACGAAACGCCCUGUAAAUAGAGACGAAAGCAGGGAGCAGCGAGGAACAUCAUCGGUUCUAUGCUUUCUAGGCUUUCGUUCCACGUUAAACAACGCUCCCGUUCGACGACGAUAUGUGAAACUAAAAAUUCGCCCUUCGUUACGAAACUGAAUUAAGAAUACUCUGUACCUCUCUAAGUGACACGAACUAAAUGGUUGAUUUCAUGACAUAAAAAUAUCAAGAAACACCACUUAUGAUACGUGAAUUUAAAGCUUGAAAUUUGAAGAAAAUAACGAUAUAAAGGUUUCAUCGAUAUUCGUACCAGAAAAUGACUUGUCGAUAGUUGUAGCGAAGAGUAACUGAUUUUGAAACAUUUAAAGUGUAACAUGAUUUCAUGACAUAAAAGUAUCACGAAGUAGCACUUAUGAUACAUCAAUUUAAAGCUUGGGGUCUGAUAAAAAUGAUAGUAAAAGCAUUCGAUAGUGUUUCUAUUUCUGGGGUCUGUAAUACCUUUCUAAGUGGCAGCAGUUUGGAACUAUCCUAUGUCACUUCAAUUCUUGUGCUCUAAAUGGUUCGUUUAUUUAAAAUUCAUUAUUUUUAAUUAAAGAUACUCAAAGAAUAUGUUUAUAGAGUAAAAUAUUUUGUCAUCUAUGCGAGGUGAAUGUAAGAAAAAAAUUUGAACCAUGCACAAGGGUUGAAAGAGGCACUCGUUAGGUGUUAAUUAUUUUCGAGUAAUUCCUAAAUUAGAAUUCGAGAAAGAAACUUCAGAGAUAUAUAUCAUCAUUCUAAAGAUGAAACCUGUAUAAUUUGCUACUUGGAAGGGUAAUAUUGUACCCACGUAGACGAGGGGCGACAAAAGAAAGAAAGAAAAAGAUCUCGAAGUCACGAAGUCUCGUCGUCGUUGUUUACGCUUUCCAUUGUUCCUGUGCGUUUCUCCGCUUUUCUGUCCACCAGAAAGAUCCUCCGACAUUCCACGGGGACUACGACAACGUUCUGACCCCGAAUCAUCCCUCCCGUCUAUUCCCUUUUUCAACCGUUUCGCUACUUUUAUCUGUUCGAAUGGUCGCUUCGAAUUUUCCAGUCCGCCCUUGCUUCGAAGCGACUGGUCAAUCUGUGGCUGGAUGUACAUACACGCGACACAGACACAACACACACAAACACAAAUAGAAUUGUAAGCGUGAGAGCGAAAAAGAAUUAAAAAAAAAAAAGGAUGUCUCCGUCCCUUUGCGAUUAUUUGGCCGGAGACGAGGGAGGGGAAACGACGCGAGCAAACGAGGAUGUAAAUGUUUCA